UACGGUGGACCCCGAAAUCAAUAUGGGCGUGCGCUGUCGAGUUGCUCCAUGAUACGAGGGUCUUUCGCGAGGGCGUCAAGGCCAGGCGAGAUCCACUAAAAAGCUGGCGAUAUCUGGUAACAUCUAGCACUUGGCAUUUGGGAUGCGCAGUGUACGAGAAGCUAUCUGUUGUUAAGCUGAUACAUCGAUACCUGCUCAUUUGUCUGUCCCUCAACUUUAUUGAAUUUCCAGUACAGUCAGCAGCUUUACCUUCGUUUUUAUUUUUCUGGAAGGAGAUAUUUGCUGACAGAUACACAAUGCGUGUCCUUUUCGUGUUCGUCAUCACCGCCAUGGCAGCUUGGGCUCAGAUCACCACGAUCGCCGUCCCCGCGACCCAAGUAGUUACUCCCGUAAGUCGGGUUACUCAAGUGGCAGCAGUACCCGUGCCUGUACAGAUUGCCCACGUCUCAACAGCACCAGUGCAGGUCUCCCACGUUCCCGUGGCCGUUCCAGUAGUCGCAGCGCAUGCCAAAUUUGCAUACCCCCCUCAGCCUUAUCAUUUUGCCUACACAACCGUCACCGAGGAGGGUGCUCACAGCCACGAAGAAACAGCUGACGGGGCCAAUCGCCGCCAGGGCUCGUACACGAUCAACAUUGCUGAUGGACGUCGGCGAAUAGUCAAAUAUGUUGCCGACGAGGGCGGCUUUCGAGCUGCUAUUGAAACGAAUGAAUUGGGUACCGAGUCCAACUCGCCUGCUGACGUUUUCUUUCACUCCACUGCCCCUACGGGCCCAGAAGCCGCUAUCAUGGCAGAAGCAUACCCCUCUCGAAGUGUCACCGGAUUCCCCUACUAUCGCAAAGCUUCUGCAGCCGCUUGAAAAGUCUCGUAGACAAUGAAAGAAAUUCUGAGAACGAAAGUUAGUUAAGAAAUGGAGUUACGCCUGGAACCCCCUUCGGCAUCAUUGGGUCAUGACCCCGAACCAUAUCUCCAAGUUGUCGGGAAAACGGGAGCUAGAGAUAUUGAAACGGCGAAUGUACAAAUUACAGAAAUUGCCAGUGAGUGUAAUGAUGAAGCGACACCUUUUCGGUUUAGCUUUUGACGAUCUCGUACGACAGAUUCGACAUGUAAAGACUUUUUCACAAGGUUGUAUAGCUAGUCGUAUGAGAUAGUGACAAUUAUGCAUAUUACAUUGUUCAGUUUCCGUAUGUAUGGCUAAUUUCUAUUUUUCGGAUAUAAGUCGGAAGGGAAACAAACGACAGAAAAGAAGCUUGCAUCAUAAAAAGUCACUUUGUAAAAAGUAUUCAAUGAAUCAUCUAAGUUUACCGUUAGAGGUAAACUUGCGGGAGAAGUGCAACACAAAUAGACCGGCCGUGACGAGCUAACAAUCCUAAGAUUU